UUCCUACGAAGUACGAGAACUUAAAAGGUAUUUAGACUUGAACAAAUCUUGCAGUUAUUUUUAAAACUGAACAUUUAGUGACACAUUGUAAUGCUAUUUAUCAAAAGAUUGAUAAUCUCUCGGAUUUAUUUAGAGGAUGGAGUCUCUGAAAAAUUGAAAUUUUAUCCUGGAAUGUCCCUGAAAAACCCAUGAAUUUGUAGUACAAGCCGUGUUCUCGGGAGCGUUUGACUCGAAGAGACAGUUGAAAUACACGCUAAUUAGUUCAAGCUAGUUGUUUUACAUAAGCUAAUACAUUUAGUAAGGUGAAUUUAUGGUUAAAACUGUAUGCGACUUUUGCUCGUAGGAUGUGUUGGCAAAUGACGAGAACAAGAUAGAUUAUGCUUUCAAGCUGUCGAUGUCAAUCGACAUAGCUGCGGGCAUGAAAUAUCUGCACAACAGCCCUGUCAAACUGCAUGGUAACGUGGCCUCUUCUCGCUGUAUGAUUGACAGUCACUGGGUGGUGAGCAUAACAGACUGGGGACUGCACAAUUUUAAGGCUGGACAGGAAAAGGUUGAGUGUGACGUCAACAAGAUGUACGCAGAUCUACUAUGGACAGCUCCAGAGCAUAUCAACCUGAGUAAGGCGGAGCGGGAAGGAUCGUCACAGAAAGCUGAUGUCUACAGCUAUGGAAUCAUCUUACAGGGAAUUGCCACUCGGUCAAAACCCUUUCUUGACGGUCCUAUGAGACGUCGAGAGAUCAUUCAUCGCGUUGUAGCCCACGAAGAGCCGCCAUUUCGCCCAGAUCUCACGUGCGUGGAGGCAAAGCCUGAAUUUGUCGAUUUGAUGGUGGACUGCUGGAACGAUGAACCCGAGGAACGACCGCACUUCUUUCGCAUUGUUGAUCGACUCAAGAAGAUUAGUGGCAGGGGUUCAAACAUCAUUGAAAACAUGGUAUCCAUGAUGGAGAAGCACGCCAAUCAUUUAGAACAGCUCGUGGAUGAACGAACAACGCAGUUGAACGAAGAGAAAGAUCGAACGGAUAAACUGCUUAAUCGUCUGCUUCCUCCGUUGGUCGCAGAACAGUUAAAGAUCCACAGUUCGGUACAAACUGAGGAAUUUGAAGAAGUCACCAUUUUCUUCAGUGAUAUCGUUGGAUUCACCAAGCUGGCUUCUUCCAGUAAACCACUCGAGGUAUUCACCAGUUUUUCUUAGCCUCUUGCAGGCGUUCAUUUCG